CGUCAUCACGCAGCGACGAGGAAGUGCUGCUGUGCGCGUCCUUCACUUCACCAACACGUUACAAAAAGUCUUGUAAUGUCUGAACGGUUUUACUCUGAUGUUUCUGCUUUUAUCGAGUGACAGAAGCAAACAGCAGAGGUGGCUGGGACAAAUAAAUCCUUUCGGAGGUUUUAGCGUUUUAUUCGGGUCAAGCAGUGAUGGCGGCUCCAAACUCUGCAGAGAGGAAGGCCUGCUGGGACGCCAGAGACCGGCUGUGGAAAUGUCUGGAUGACAAUGAUGAUAAAGCUGCAUCCUGCCAGAAGUUCCAGAGCGAGUUUGAGACAAAUUGCCCUGCUCAAUGGGUGAAAUAUUUCGCCAAGAGGAGAGACUUCCUGAAAUACAAAGAGAAGAUGCAGGCAGAAAGCUUCAAACCUGCUGACAACCCCCGGCAGCCUUCUUAACCACGAGACGGCAGACUAUCAACAUCUGCGACUAUCUGACUUUUAGCCUUAUUCAGACCAGGGCCAGAGGUGCAGGACUUGGAGAAGAGUUUCCCAACUUUAUUAUGAGUACCUGAACUUCCACUUUAUUGUUAUUUAUUUGUACAGAGAUAAAAGCUGCAUCAAGAACAUGCAUAUUAGCAGCAAGAGCGUCCUGAGCUUCCCCCCUCAGAAAUACUACGUCAGAUCAUGUUCACCCACCCAGCUGGUCUGAGAUGUUUGAUAACAAAGGAAGCCAAAAUGACAAGAGAUUGAAAAGAUUGUUGUUCAGUGAAUCCAGUUCUCUGAGUCAGUUGGAUUACUUGUGAAAUUUAAAAUGAUGCUGGAGUACUUUGUGAUCCCUGCGGUCACACAUACUGGGUCUGUAUCAACACUCAUCCUAACACUGUUCAAGAUGAUUUUUUUGUGAUUGUGUUUAUCUCAAGUAUCACCUCCUCUCUAUUUCUGUUAUCAGCCAUUGUAUUCUGUGUGGAGGACACACAGUGUGAUUUUACAGAUUAAAACUAAUCUUUACUGAUUGCUGAUAGUGAACUUUUAAUUUCAGGACAGAGCCUCAAUAGGCAAAAUCUCAAAAGUGUGACAGGCUUGUGGUGGUGUAUGUAGAUAAAUAAAAAAAUAAAUACAAUCAGUGG